AUGUCCGCUUGUCCACCUCGCCAUCUGGUAGACUUUGACAUACCACCUAGUGCUACUGCUAUAAUGGGAAAAUCCAAGGUGCACUCUCAAGAGCACGUUAAACGGCAGAUAUCCGACCUAUCAACAAGGUCGACGAUUUCACACCAUUUUGGUAUUGCAGCAGAACCAAGUGCUCAAAGACUUUCUGCAAACGCACUGCCCAAAUCCAACCGUACCGUUUAUCAUGGACAAGACACAGACUCGUUGCUUCCAGUAGUCAGUCCGUCAACCAACAGCAAUGGCCGCGUUUUGCUCAAAGUAAAAGAUACGCUCAAGGAGAGUCAGACGGAACUUGAGCAUCCAUUGACAGAUACAUUUGAAGUAGGCAGACCAGCAGAUGGUUUGUCUGGAUAUGUUGAUAUACUUUCUACCAAUGUAGAUCUUGACAAACCACAGUUUCGCAAUGACAAAGCUUGGUCGCAUUGUGGUAGUUUAUACAACACGAGCAAUCGAGUAUCUACACAAUGUUCGAGUAUCACAGUAUCUAGUCCCUCGUUGCAGCCUGAAUCCAACGUUAUGGAUAAAGUUUUAACAGAUAAAACAGCAAUAUCACAACUCCCAGAUACAUUCGAGGUCGAGCUAUUGAGAGCUGCACAAAGAAUAGAGAAAGAACUUGGAAGGUCUGGAAUUCAAUCCAGUCUUGAUGUAUAUUCUUCAGAUAUAUCGCUUGAGAAUAUGUAUCCUGAAACGGUACCUUGUGUCAGCACAGUUGCAGCUGGUCCUUAUUCAAUAGAUCGGGAUUUGGUCGUAGAGUUUCCAUCACACAUUAUCACUGAAGAAGUUCUUGAUCGACUCUUAGCAAAGCUGACGCUUGAAAAUGCUGCAGCGGAUGCAGUCAAGGCUGUUUCAACUCAUGAACAAUCGAUUGGACAGUCUACCAACACUGUCACAGAGUCUUUGUCUGCCAAUGUGUUCACUCCAAAAAGCAAGGAAACCAUUAUAUCUCAAGAAAACAAACGUGAAGAUGUUGUAGUCUUGAAUUCCAAAGCAUGCUUUCCAGAGUCCAGUCAUGUUGCAACUCCAGGAUGUGAUUGGGAACUGCCUCGUAAGUUAGAGUCAUCUUUUCAUCAGACUAAACUUGCUCUUCAUUCAAACCCCACUACCACAACCACUUACAAAAACAAAUGGCACGAAAAAAAUACGGAUUUAUUGUCAUCCUAUUCAAUUCCGAAUCAAUCUAAAGAACAUCAGCAUACGAGUAAUGUGCUCAAUCCCGGAAAAGUUUAUGCAGCAAUGUCAGAGGAUCGACCCUGCUCAUUGAGUGUUGGUAUACGUUUUCAAGAUACAAAAAAUGCCACGUUGCAUCUUAUUUCUGUACUAAAAGUACUCGUCAAAAGCUUUUCUGCAAAUAUCAUAUAUAUUCAAUGGAAAGGCACUGGGUUCAAUAUUGACGUAUCAGCAUGGGCUGGAAAAGAAAUGUCCAAGAAACAGCUUCAUACUGCCGUAAAAAAACAAAUUGAAGAGACUAUACAAAAGAUUGAUGCGUCUCGCUUAUGGAUUGUUUCAUUACCUCAUCAAGCUUCUAAAAAAAGAUCUGCACAUUGGCCUCGUAAGCAGUAUUGGAUGCAAAUGGUUGGCCAACAAGAUUGUUUUCAUUUUGACGAGCUACACAAAGCAAACACUCAUUGCGUGAUUGUCGCUCCAUCCAAAACUGCAAUCCAAAUCCUUGAAAUGAUUCAUGAAACUAUCUUGUCUAGCAACUCAUCAAGAAACAUGAACACGGCGGUGGAGCAAAAGUUUAAAGUACUAGGUAUUAAACACGCAAAUACACUUCCAGUACAUGUAGCAGAAUUGAUAUCGCCACAUGAUGUUGGUUCGGCGAAUUGGUACAGCUCUGUUUCUGAUAUCACAAGGAUACACGGUUGGAUGAUUUUUGCAAUCCAGCUUGAGCCAUCGCCUAUUCUAGUGUUUGAUAUGAUUGAUUUAUUGGAUAAACAGUCUCCGGGUAGCCGUUCAACUAUAUUUGCUUCCUACGACUCGAGCAGCACAUUCUCAUGGAAAACCUGUUUUUUUACAAAUACGCAACUAUUUGUCUGACAGAUUAGAGUUUUUAAUGAAUUUGCAAAUACCUUAUA